AUGCACAGCAAAAUCACUUCCUCAAAUCACCAUACCACAUCACCUAACACUUUAGCUACAUCUGAACAAUUAGAUGAAUUCUUUGAUCAACAUUUCUUGUUAGAGCCAACCAACCCCUCUUCCUUCAACACUGUUCCAACAUCUAGUUCCAUACCUUCCCAACAUGACAAGAUCUCGGAUGACUCAUCCCUUAUCCCUAAUUAUAUCCAAACCCAACCUAUAAUUGAUCUGAUUCCCACUAAUUUAAACAAUGUCAGCAUUCCUAUCAGGAAAUCCUCCAAAAAUGAACACCCUCCAUCUUACCUUAAAGACUACCAUAGCAAUCUUCUUUCAGGUACAAUCACCAAUCCAGAUUCAGCUGCUUCCACUUCAUCUUUUUCCUGCCCAUGUUUGACCAAACGAACCCUAACUUGGAGUGAGAAUACCCACCUUACCCUCUUCUCUCUCUCCGUUUCUGGUUUCUGCCAUUGGAUCUCACUCUCUCUUUCAACACCUUCUUCCUCCUCCUCGCAUUUUCAGGUUGCUUUAGUUAGGAACCUUUUAAGCUCUUUUGUAGAUAUAUGCUAG